UCUUCAUACAUAUAUGUAGUGAACGACAGAAGACCUAUUGCACUUUCUCUCUCCAUUUUCCCCAUUUUCUCAGAGAGAAAGGAGAUUACCUUUAAAGUCUUUGAUUGAUCUCUAUCUUCGUUUUCCCGGCGAAAUUAGGGUUUGAAUAUCGCUCAUCGAUCUCUAUUCCUCGAUUUCCAAGUGAGCUCUAUAUGCACUGCACCAAUGAAGACAGGAACAUCAACUCUGAAUCCUUAUGCAGAAUCUUAUGUGCCUAUUUCGAGAAGAGGGGCACCUGAUGGAAACAAAGAAGCUAGAUUUUCUCCAAAAGAGUUCAAGAGUGGAAGUGAGGCUGUUUGGUUGGCACCUGGUGUCACAGCAGGUGGAAGUCAACAGCAGACUCACCAAACUGCUGAUCAGUACAAACUGAAAGACUAUUCAGCUUAUGGCUCACCAUCACAUAGUCCUGCAGGAGCUAUGGUUAAACAAGUUCUGGACGAGGAAUCCGACAUGGAUUUGGCUUAUCUUCAGAUGACUUUUCCUGGCAUGUCGGAUGAAUCGCUUUCUGAGGUUUAUUUAGCAAACAAAUGUGACCUUGAUGCUGCUGUUGACAUGCUGAAUCAGCUUGAGUUUCAUUACGGAAGCAUACCUUCAUCGCGUCCAGGCAGUUCUUCAUGCUAUUAUCAUACCUUGCCAAUAAAUUAUGAACAAUAUUCUGGAUGAAGAUUGGACAGCCUUUAAAAAGUGAAACAUAAUUUGAAAGACUAGGAAAAGCGUUUACUUGCCUCUUCCAACAAGGACUUGCAAAAGCUUUGUGUUGUUGGAAAUAACUAUGUUCUUUCAUAAAUAAUGUUCCUUCAACUCUCUUCCUUUAUAUGCUGUUUUGCCUCAUCAAAUAAGCCUAAUGAUCUAUCUACGGUUAGAAAUUGCUGCUAACAGUAAUUAAGUUGUCUUUCUCACGAAAUUGUUUUGGGGAAAGAGGGCAAAUAGUUCUUUGGUACAUUAAAUCUUCCUAAUUUGUACUGUCGUUCUUCUGGAUUUCUUUGGAACUAUGUUUUGGGGAAAGAGGGCAAAUAGUUCUUUGGUACGUUAAAUCUUCCUAAUUUACACUUUUGUUCUUCUGGAUUCCUUUGGUGGGUUUAUUGUCUUAGUCUCUUAGUCGUAGGGACUUGGGAGUCUCUACAUGUUGCACUCUACAAAUUUCUCCCAUGGUUCCUGCUUCAUCUCUCUCUCUCUCUCUCUCUCUCUCUCUCUCUCUCUCUCUCUCUUUGGCCGCGAAAUAGACAAGCAUGUGAAAUGCAUAACAUUCGGAAGGCAUAAGUAAGUUUGUGGCUUUUAAUGUAGGAGUUUCUGUAGUUAGGGAAGUAUGUGCUCUUUUAGUCUUUUAAAC